AUGGUUGGAGCGUGUACGGAUUCAAUGCCUCCAUUCAGGGGUCAGGCGCCCAAACCCCCGUCGGCUCCGGCGUCCGUCAUCGAGACGAAGCCGCCCCCGACGGCGUCGGCGGCGCCUGAGAUCAAGCCCAGCAAGACCGGCGCCGCUAAGAGCUCCGACAAGAAGGCGGCGCCCAGCGUGGCGCCCGCGCCGCCGCCCAAGAAGCCCCAGGCGGAGGCCAAGCCGGCGCCCGCGCCCGCGCCCGCGCACGUCGCCAUCGUGUCCAGCGUGGUGGAGGUCCGCGGCGGCCCCGCCCCGCCGCCCGCGCCGCCCUCCAGCGUGGUGGAGGUGCGUGGCCCCGCCAGCGUCGUCGCCAGCAAGGUGGAGGUGCGCGAAGGCAACACCAAGGUGAUCAACCUGAAGCCCAGCUCCAAGUUCCACAAGAACCGCGCGUCGGCGGAGGCGGCGCGCCCCAAGGCGGGCAACUCGGCGGCGCCGGCCGCGCGCCCGCGCCCCACGCCCACGGCGCAGGGCCCGCGCAUCCUCAAGACGGCGGCGCCCUCGCUGGGCCACAAGCGGCCCGCGCCCGCCCUCGGACCCCCGCCCGCCGGCUCGCCGGCACGAGGAGACGUUUGCUCAUUUACGGGAGAGGGUGUGGUAACGCCCGCGGUGGUCCGUCGGCAGGUGGCGUUGCCGCUGGAGCAGCUGUUCGCGUCGCAGCCGACGCUGCAGCGCGCGUCGCGCCGCCCGGCGCCCGCGCCCGCCUUCUCGUCGCGCUUCCACCGCAACCGCGCGCAGGACGAGGACGCGGAGCCCGCCACGCGCAAGCCCACGCCCGCCCCCGCGCCCGCGCCCGCCCCCGCGCGCAGCGCCCGCCCGCAGCCCGCGCAGACGCUGCGCCCUUCCGCUCGCAAGAACGGGAAAGAUGAAGAAAUGCUACGCCAUUUACAGAAAUGGGACGGUGACAUUCCUCUUCCAGAUGUACUUGGUGAUUGGUAG